UGUACCAUCCACGGCUGAGGGGAAGGCAGUGCUAUUAAUUUGUUCGUGCUUGUUCCUGAAUCGGCUGAAAGAUACAGGAGCAUUCCAGCAUACUGUGAUAUCCAGCUGAAGUGACAUUUAUAGCCCCGUUACACUUGUGUAUGUCACUGUUGUUGUGGCAACCGUUUUAAUAGAUGGGUUCUUUAUUUUCUUAUGGAUUUUUGUGCAUUUUUUUCUUGAACAAGUCUUAAGUGGUUCUGCAGGAAGGAGAAAGGCGUGCACCAGGAUCUAAUUGUGAGCAUUUGCUGCAGGUCAGAAGAAGUAACCCUGCUAAAACAAUGUUAAAUUAGGACAUGGAAGGUGGGGAGCUGUAGGCCCCCAAAUGCUGUAUGGGUGUUCGUAUUUGUUAGCUGCUAUUCAUUCAAAACAAAUACAUUGAAAAUGCACAGAAGACUGGACGUUUGUGAAGGUUUUUAAUCUAUUUCACCAGGCUGCUGGAUCAGUGGCAACAGUGGUUCUGUGGCAAAGACUGUCGUAGCAGCAUGCCUAGCUCGAGCACUGUUAGAAAACAGAGGUUGAAAAAGACUAGUGCAAAGUCAAAUCUCCAUGAUUUAUUCACUAUUAAUGAAGAAGAUGAACUCAAAAGAGCUAGGUAUUCCAGAAGGCCGAAAGCUGCUGAGACACAUGUGAAAGUGGAGGACCAAAAAGGCCAGUUAAGUAAUCACUCAAUUUCUACUAUCUGUACUGGGCAAAGUGUGAACUCUGGAACCAAACAAGAUCUUUCUGUGCUUCGUGUUGAUGACAAGCAAAGACUCGCCAAGGAACGUAGGGAGGUACGACAGAGGCAGCAAGCUGCAAGGGACCAACUGUUGCUUGAGAAAGAGGAGAAAGCAAGACAACAUUAUGAAAAACAACUUGAAGAGCGCAAGAAGAAAAUUGAAGAACAGAGACUGAAAGAGGAAAGGCGACGUGCAUCUGUGGAAGAAAAGCGGAGGCAAAGACUUCAAGAAGAAAAGGAACGACAUGAAGCAGUUGUACGCCGCACAAUUGAGAGAAGUCAAAGAAUAAAGCAGAAAUCCAAUCGAUGGUCAUGGGGUGGAACCCUACAAAGCAAUGCAGCAAUCAACAGAGAUGAUGCAGAUAGGCGAUCAAUAUCUACAAUGAACCUUGCAAAACAUGCUGAUCCUGUCAUUAGCAAGCGACUGUCAUCCUCCUCUGCAACAUUAUUAAACUCUCCGGACAGAGCCCGACGAUUGCAGCUCAGUCCUUGGGAAAGUAAUAUUGUCAAUCGCCUUCUGACGCCUACUCACUCAUUCUUAGCCAGGAGCAGAAGUACUGCUGCUUUGUAUGGGAAUGGUCAGGAUUCAGUUAUCCCAAUUUGUCCUCGUUCAGUAUCUGCCAGCUCUAUUGCCCCACCAACUUGUAAGAAUCUUCACAACAGAACAUCUGACUGGCCAAGGCUCAUAGUUGGCACACCUGAUGCUAGUGGACGGAGGAAAUCACCUCAUCAUCCAAAGGUUGACAAAAAAGAAAAAGAGAGAGAAAAUGAAAGGGAAAAGAAUGCACUUGUAGAUUUAACCGCGAAUGCAGCAGUGAAAAAAUCAAAUUCUCCUUUGAUUGUGAAAAAUAAGUCGCCAGUGCUGCCAACAGUCCGACCAUCCACAAAAGUAUCAAUGUCUGCACUGAAUGACAAACUUCUCAGUCCACCUCGUGACUCAGUGAGGAGUCCAUUAAUCCACCAACCGUCUUCUCCAGGAAAUGUUGGCCUAGUCAAAACUUCUGAGAGUGAGAAAAAGGAUCAAGAGAAAGAAGGACUACAAAAUGAAGAAAAUGCAGAUAAGCAGCUCCCUGUCUUAACUUCAACAUCAGCAGUUAAGCAGCCCGUGUCUGUUGAAGAGUCUGCUACAAAACCAGAAUGUAAAGAAACUGCUCAGGCCAUACUGUCUACUACUCUUGCUAAAACGACAGCAGGUACGACUGAUCCAGCAGAAGCCACAAGACUUCUGGCUGAGAAACGACGAAUGGCACGAGAACAGAGGGACCGAGAGGAAGAAGAGAAAAGAGAACAAGAGGAGAAAGAAAGGCAAAUGAAAGAAGAAAUGCUGCGACGAAAAUCUGAAGAAAAAGCUCGCCGGGAAGAAGAAGCUCGGAGGCUUGAGGAAGAAAGGAGACUUCGAGAAGCACAGCAAAAACUUGAAGAGGAGCAACAAUUUCUGGAGGAAAAGGCUCAAAAAGAGAGACUUGAAAUAGAGCGUUUGCAAAAGCAAAAAGAAGAAGAUGCUCGUGCUAGAGAAGAAGCUGAGAGAUUGCGAAUAGAACGUGAGAAACACUUCCAAAAAGAAGAACAAGAGCGAAUGGAAAGAAAAAAGAGGCUUGAGCAAAUCAUGCAAAGAACAAGAAAAUCUGACACUUCUGAAAAGAAGGAUAACCGAGUCAGGCUAACAGAGCAGACAAAUGGGGAAGUACCUAAACUAGCAUCUGUUGAUGAAGCAUCCAGCCAGAAUCCUGACUUAACAACAGAAGCAACUUCAAAGGUCUCAGAAGAAAUGGCCAAUGUGGAGCCAGUAUUUAAAAAAGUGGACAAUAAGAUGGAAUUUGUAGAUCAUUCUCAAAUAGAUAAAGAAUGUCCUGCUACCAAGAAAAUCAUUAGAGAGAAUGGAGUUUCUGUGCAAAAUGAAAGCUUUGAAGAUUUUAUUGAUCUCUCAUUUGAGAUAAAAGCUACAAGAGUAGCCACAGAAACUAGAAGUGAUGAUUGUCAGGGUAAAGAUGGCAUUCCUGUGAAUCCAAUUAUUGCAUUUGAGGAAAAUGGAUCUGUGGAGUUAUUAACCAAAGUAGAAAGCAUUCAGACUCAACAAACAGCAGAGGUGAUUUAAGAGCGUUGAGCAGGAAUAACAAAGUUAUGGUGUUCAGUAAGCACAUUCACAGCAACUGGAUUUCCUUUUGUUUUGCAUCAAGAAGGAUUGAAGUGCCACCAUUUUGCAAUCCAGCAUCUAAUUUUAAAAAGCUAGAAACUAGCCACAGCUACGAAAAUGGAAAUAUGAACUUGAGGUCUGGUUUGAGAGGAAUUCUUCAUUUGCUAACUGAUCAUCUAGUUAACUCUGAUCACUGGUUAAUCAUGCUUAGUAUGCAUUGUAUAUAAACUGCUUUUCCAACAUAUUCCUUCAAGGAAUUGACAUUCUUCUACAUAGUAUGACAAAUGAGAAUGACAAAUUUAUGCUGGUGAAGGGCAGUAUUUCAAAACUAGCAGCACAUUCACUUUUCAGAAACCUAUUACUUGAAUAAGCUUGUUUGAGCUGAAAGUAGUUGAUAAUGAGGCCAUAUAGAUAGGUAUGUAAAUCAAUUGUUUAAAUAUGGCAUGGAGAGUUCUGCCUAGUUCUCUGUAAUUCCUUAAAUGCUAAGCAGAUCAUUUUAGAUACUUCACUAUUGUCUCCAAUUCAUAAUUUUAUUACACUAGGUCCAAUAGAAAAAUAUUGAAAAUAGUGUGUAAUUAAUUGGAUCUAAUAGUAAUUCUGUGAAUGGUUAAUAAAGGACCUGUCGCACAUCAGUUGCUACUUAUCACAAGGUAACUUCGAGGCACAAUAGUUAUACCAGUGAAAUGUCUCAAACAGUCUUAUGAUCUGAUGAAAAGAUAGUUGAAAUAUAGAUGAUAUGACUUAAAUGUGUUGAGUUUUCAAUUGCCUUAUCAGAUCCUGAGAUGAACAAAAAGUGAUUUGUGGAGUCUUUAGUUGCGCUUGUUUCAGAGCAAGAAACCUGACUUGUUUGAGAUGGCAUUCCUUCUGUGACUUUCACACACUAGAUUUGGAGUCUUUAAAUUUAACUCUUUUGUAACUUACUGCACAAAUGAAGCUCAUAACUUCCAUUUCAUGUUUAGGUAUUGCUGCUACAGAGCAAAACUGUAAAACUGUGCACUUUCUUCAUGAGUUCUAAAAUUAUUGCAGACAGUACUAAAUAUGAUCAGAAUUCAGUUCUUUUUCUCUCCCGAGAAUUAUGAUUGAAAUACUUUGUGAGUCCUUUAUUCAAAGUUGAUCAUUACAGGAAAUUAAAUAUAUCAAAUAAGUUAAUAGGUUAAUUUAAAACCAGCUGGUGUACAUGUGGUAAAUGAAAGGCUGGGUCUGAACUUUUAAAAUCUUCAUCCAUCCACAAGUAGAAAAAAGCCAUUUAGCAUUUGUUCAGUAAUCAUUGUAUAGCUGCGUAUUCUGUUCGUUGUUCUUCUCUGUAUCGUCUAUUCAUCCAUGUAUAUAGAAAUUAUUUAAAAAUGGUGAAGAAUCUUUGCAUUUUCUUUGGCUUUGUUUUAAUCUGUAUAGAUGGGUGUACAAAAUUCUUUUGAGUUAAUAUUUUUAGAUUCUCUAAAUUGAUUUUUCAGUUGUAAUAUGAUAAUUGCCACACUAAUCAAGUGUGUGAUCUUUUGUUGAUUUACUUUUAUCAGUGGAAUGUUCUGAAUUGAUUUAUUUUUGAAUGCAGAGAUUAUACUUAGUGUUUCAGAUCUUUGUACUAUUUUCCUGCCUAAUUUAAAUACAAAACAAUGAACUGCAUUAAUUUGUGUUUAUGAAGAGGUUUGGCUAACAAGCUGGCUUCUCAUAUAAAAUAAACUUGAGUGAAGGCUCAGUAAAACCUGCAUGAUUUUGAAAGAAGAAUGCCCCUUUGUUUUCCACUUUCUCUGCGUUUCCCACCUUACCUAUCUUUUGUAGUUCCGAAAGAUGAUCCUUAAAAUUUGUUGGAGACAAGUUGAUGACUUGCACAAAUGCAAUAAAAUAAUAGUUUCUGUAA